CUGGUGAAAAACAGACACAUGGGAGGCUUGUAACAAACAUGCAGAGUGCAGAACAGAGAGAGAGCGAGAGAUUCCUGCACUGUAGAAAAUUAUGAAUGUUAAGUUGAUAACUGAAUCAGAGAAUCUGCAGUAAGUGAUGAGUAGGAAGAUGCAGUGUGAGUCUGUGUCACUGCUCUCGCCCAUCACAGCCUUGCAGUUUAUGGGAGACAUCCUUCUCUCAGGUGAAGGAGCCAGUGUAAACCUUUACACUUUGAAUUCGGCAAAUGGCUACGAGAGAAAGUUUUCUUGCAAUGUGCUUCGAAACUACUGUGUUCAUGGCAUCAAGCCAUGGCCCCUACAGAUGGAAACAAGCAGCUCACGGCUGGCAGUAUUUGGCGCAAAAGGCCUCAUCGUGCUUGAGCUUGAAGUGUGUGCCAAAAGGCCAAAGCUGCAGAGGGUGGGGCAGCUUCACGAACUGCACGACUGGAUUUGGGACCUUCAGUGGCUAGAGAGUGACUGUGAAUUGGACUUGUAUUUUGGCCUGGCUCUUGGGCACAACUCUGUGGUUCUGUGUGACUACAAGGCAGGAAGGACCUUGCGUGAAGUGCACUGCGAUGUCAAAUGCAUCCUGUAUUCUGCUUGCUUUGUGGGUCACAGUUGGGAUGAACUAGUUUUGAUUUCUGGAACUGUCUUUAACCAACUUGUGCUGUGGCGAAUGGAGGGUCCCACUAAUGAGGAUGGUAGGGUGCAAACAGAAAGACGCAUUAGCGGGCACAGUGGAGUCAUUUUCAGCAUUCAUUACUUGGAGAAGAAUGGUGUUCUAGCCUCGGCCUCAGACGAUAGAAGCAUAAGACUCUGGAAAGUUGGGAACUUGCGCCAGGUUCUGAAGAUUGGUGAUGGUGGGGUAGAUUCUGUACAGUGCCUUCUACAGUUAUAUGGGCACCAGUCCAGGGUCUGGUCUGUACGGCUCCUGGAAGAUCGCAUUAUCAGCAUCGGGGAAGAUUCUACUUGCAUUGUGUGGAGCUACGAUGGAGAGAUCAUUGACUGUUUUAAAGGACACAAAGGGAGGAGUGUGAGAGCACUGGCUGUUAAUGAAGAUAGGGGCUGGUUGGUCACUGGAGGAGCAGAUUCGGGUAUCAGGUUGUGGAAAAUUCAGAGGAAAAAAGCAGAAGGUGUGGCCGUGACUCAACUCAAAUUUGGUGAAAUCGGGAAAAUGGGAACACCGAAAGCUUUGACAUUGGUUGACCCAACUCUUCUCUUGGUCAUGACUGAUGCUGGAAGUAUCUACAGCUAUUGCCUGGUCUCUGGUCAAUGGAAACUCAUCAUGGAAGAUGCAAGUUACCAGUCGUACAGCUUGUUAGCAGUCAGAAGGCAAGACGGCGGCUGUGUUAUUUGUGCAGUUGGGAAUAUUGACGGCUGGGUUAAAAUAUUCACCCUUUGUGAACCUGCGGAGAUGGUGGAGAAUCAGGUGCACCAAGGGAAAGUCCACAGUCUAGGCUGGGCCUCCCAAGAAUGGCAGAGUCCAGACAAGUGCCACCUUUUCUCCUCAGGCGCUGAUGGCAUCAUGAUCUGGUGGGUGGUUUCCUGCAAGGGGGACCAUGUGGCCUCUGUGGCAGAGAAAUGCCGUUACCUCCUGCCGUUGUGCAAGCACAGGUGGCACACAAGCGUGGCGUUCCUGUCUGAGCCCCAACUUCUGGUUUGUGGAGACCGCCGUGGCUCCUUGUUACUGUACUCAUGCACUGGGAGAGACCAGGACAAGCAGCAAAGGCUCAACACAGGGAGUGCGGAUGCGGCGGCCUCGAAAGAUACAGCAGAAAGAUUUCCCGAGGGCAGACUCCGACAUGGUUCAACUGAGAUCGCCGGCCAGCUUGACUGUGAGGAGCCACUUUCCAUUUUGCCGGGACUGCAUGGAAAAUUGGGCGUGACGUCAGUUCUGUUUCACGAUGGUUUUGUGUACAGCACCGGACGGGAUGGCUACUAUCGUCAGCUUACCGUCGAAGACAAAAAGCUAAAAUUGCUGAGGAGUCAGAGAACUUGCAAGGGGAUGGAGUGGAUCGAACGACUGCUCGUGACGCCUGAGGGUGUCCUCCUCCUGCUUGGCUUCCAUUCCACCAACUUUGUCCUGUGGAAUGCCAAGACCAGUGAGAAGGUACUUUGCAUCCCCUGUGGUGGAGGUCAUAGGUCAUGGAGCUACUGCAGUUCCCCAGCCAGUCAACUCUUUGCUUACAUCAAGUCAGGCGACAUCUUCAUCUGCCAAAGCAACUCAGGCGACUGCUCCCAGACAGUCAUUAAGGAAUGCAUGCACGGCCGUGAACUUACCUGUGUGAAGUUCGUCAAAAGGCUCAGUUCAUCAGCUGAUGGACCCAUAAGUAUCGUGGCUACAGGCAGCGAGGACACAACAGUGAAUAUUUUAGCCAUUUAUGAAAGCUCGGGCCAUGUGUCCAAGCUGACAACGGUUGAUGACCACAUCUCCAGUGUGAGGACCAUAGCUGUCACUGGAAGCUGCCGAGCUGUCACGGGCGAUAAUCGCUGCAGCUCCUCAUCUGUAUUAUUCUCUGCUGGCGGCAGAGCUGAGCUGCAAUCUUACCGCCUCCUUAUUCAACAUGUCGAUGCUGGUGCACCUCUCAGCUGUCAAGUGGAGCAUCUGGCUUCUCACAGGUUGGCUGAAGACUGGGAACAUAAGAAGAACAGGCACAGGAUGCUAAAGAUGGACCCCGAGACUAGGUACAUGUCCAUUGUGGUGGUGGACGCUGGGGCGAAUUUCGGGACAGCCUCCAUCUCCUUCCGUCAUUUCCUGGCUGCAGCCUGCAGCGAUGGAUCCGUGAGGCUCUUUCUUGUCGACGAAUGCAAGAGGAAGAUCAUUCUCCUUGCUGAAUCUUUCUACCAUCAGCGGUGUGUGCUAAAGCUGCAGACCUUCACAUUUCAGCCAACCACAAGAGGGCA